CCCCCGAGCGCCAGGGCAGGCGGAGUUGAGGGUGAAGGGAGGGAUGUUUGGGGGGCGGGGGUCCCGAUGACGGCAUCGGAGCGCGCCGCGCCGGGGCGCCGAGCUCGACCGUAGGUCCCAGGACAGUGCUCGCACCCAGGCAGAUCCAAGAGCUGCCCUCCUUCAACAUGGGGCUGGAGGCCCAGAGGCUAUCUGGAACUGAGGAUGCCCCCGUGAGGGUAGCCCUUCGAGUUCGCCCACUGCUGCCUAAGGAGCUGCUGCAUGGUCAUCAGAGUUGCCUGCAGGUGGAGCCAGAGCAUGGUCGAAUCACCCUGGGGCGAGACCGCCACUUCGGCUUCCAUGUGGUACUGGGAGAGGACACUGGACAGGAGGCUGUGUACCAGGCUUGCGUCCAGCCCCUUCUCGAGGCGUUCUUUGAGGGCUUCAACGCCACUGUCUUUGCCUAUGGUCAGACAGGCUCCGGGAAGACGUAUACCAUGGGGGAGGCCAGUGUGGCCUCCCUGCAUGAAGAUGAACAGGGCAUCAUCCCAAGGGCCAUGGCUGAGGCCUUCAAGCUCAUUGAUGAGAACGACCUGCUGGACUGCCUGGUGCAUGUGUCCUACCUGGAAGUGUAUAAAGAAGAGUUCCGAGACCUGCUAGAAGUGGGCACUGCCAGCCGGGACAUCCAGCUUCGGGAAGACGAUCGGGGAAAUGUUGUGCUGUGUGGGGUGAAAGAAGUGGACGUGGAAGGCCUGGACGAGGUGCUGAGCCUCCUGGAGAUGGGCAACGCUGCGCGGCACACAGGCGCCACACACUUCAACCGUCUGUCCAGCCGCUCACACACGGUCUUCACUGUGACCCUAGAGCAGCGGGGACGGGCUCCUAGCCGCUUGCCUCGACCCGCCGCCGGCCACCUGCUGGUCUCCAAAUUCCACUUCGUGGACCUGGCAGGCUCAGAGAGGGUUCUCAAGACCGGCAGCACCGGCGAACGGCUCAAGGAGAGCAUCCAGAUUAACAGCACCCUGCUGGCGCUGGGCAAUGUCAUCAGCGCUCUAGGGGACCCUCAGCGCCGAGGCACCCACAUCCCCACCGCGUACCGCGACUCCAAGAUCACCCGGAUCCUCAAAGACUCUCUGGGAGGGAAUGCCAAGACGGUGAUGAUCGCCUGCGUCAGCCCCUCCACCACCCUGAGCUCUGCCUCCGGGCCUGACAGUGGCAUCGAGAGCGCUCCAGCGGAGGACCACACAGCGCAGGGGAACAGCGGGAGAAAGGGGGAUGAGGGGGCCCAGCAGCUGAUGACCCUGCAGAGCCAAGUGGCCCGGUUAGAGGAGGAGAAUCGAGACUUUCUGGCAGCUUUGGAGGAUGCCAUGGAGCAGUACAAACUGCAGAGUGACCGCCUGCGAGAACAGCAGGAAGAGAUGGUGGAACUUCGGCUUCGGCUAGAGCUGGCACGGCCUGGCUGGGGAGCACCGGGGCUCCUGCAGGGUUUGCCUCCUGGGUCCUUUGUGCCGAGACCUCACACAGCUCCCCUGGGAGGUGUCCACACUAACAUGCUGGGCAUGGUGCCCCCCACAUGUCUUCCUGGAGAAGAAGUUAGCUCCGAGCAGCAGGUGACAAAUGGCAUGGAAGUCAAGGCGGAGGUGCUGGCCCAAGUGGACAAGUUGGGAAGUAGCUCUUCCACUACCUCAGAGGAGGAAGGGGAGGAAGAGGAAGAGGAGCCACCCAGGAGGACUUUAUACCUUCGCAGAAAUGGGAUCAGCAACUGGAGCCAGAGGGCAGGGGUUCGUCCAGGGAGCCCACCUGACAGGAAGGGCCCAGAGGUGUGCCUAGAAGAGUCAGCUGCUGCCACUCCAGCACCACAAGCAGUUGGUGGCAGCAAGGUCCCAGUUCAGACCCGCCAGGCCCCUGCUGCCAUGGCCUCUGAGUGGCGACUGGCUCAGGCCCAGCAGAAGAUCCGGGAACUGGCCAUCAAUAUCCGAAUGAAGGAGGAGCUCAUUGGUGAGCUGGUCCGCACAGGGAAGGCGGCCCAGGCCCUGAACCGCCAGCACAGCCAGCGCAUCCGGGAGCUGGAGCAGGAGGCUGAGCGUGUGAGGGCAGAGUUGUACGAAGGGCAGAGGCAGCUUCGUGAACUGGAGGGCAGGGAGCCCCAGGAUGCCAGCGAGCGGUCCAGGCUUCAGGAAUUCCGCAAGAGAGUGGCUGCAGCUCAAAGCCAGGUGCAGGUACUGAAGGAGAAGAAGCAGGCAACAGAGCGGCUAGUGUCACUGUCGGCUCAAAGUGAGACACGGCUGCAGGAGCUGGAGAGAAACGUGCAGCUCAUGCGGCGACAGCAGGGGCAGCUGCAGAGGCGGCUCCGAGAGGAAACAGAGCAGAAGCGGCGCCUGGAGACAGAGAUGAACAAACGGCAGCAUCGGGUCAAGGAACUGGAACUGAAGCAUGAGCAACAGCAGAAGAUCCUGAAAAUCAAGACGGAAGAGAUUGCAGCCUUCCAGAGGAAGAGGCGCAGUGGCAGCAAUGGCUCUGUGGUCAGCCUGGAGCAACAGCAGAAGAUUGAGGAGCAGAAGAAGUGGCUGGACCAGGAGAUGGAGAAGGUGCUGCAGCAGCGGCGGGCGCUGGAGGAGUUAGGACAAGAGCUCCACAAACGGGAGGUCAUCCUGGCCAAGAAGGAGGCCCUGAUACAGGAGAAGACAGGGCUAGAGAGCAAGCGCCUGAGGUCCAGCCAGGCCCUAAAUGAGGACAUCGUGCGCGUGUCCAGCCGUCUAGAACACUUGGAGAAGGAGCUAUCUGAGAAGAGCGGGCAGCUGCGGCAAGGCAGUGCCCAGAACCAGCAGCAGAUCCGCGGGGAGAUAGACACCCUGCGCCAGGAGAAGGACUCACUGCUGAAGCAACGCCUAGAGAUUGAUAGCAAGCUGCGGCAAGGAAGCCUGCUGUCACCUGAGGAGGAGAGGACACUGUUCCAGCUGGAUGAAGCCAUCGAGGCCCUGGAUGCUGCCAUUGAGUACAAGAAUGAGGCUAUCACAUGCCGCCAGCGGGUGCUACGGGCUUCGGCCUCCUUGCUGUCCCAGUGUGAGAUGAAUCUCAUGGCCAAGCUCAGCUACCUCUCUUCCUCAGAGACCAGAGCCCUGCUGUGCAAGUAUUUUGACAAGGUGGUGACACUCCGAGAGGAGCAACACCAGCAACAGAUUGCCUUCUCGGAGCUUGAAAUGCAGUUGGAGGAGCAGCAGCGGCUGGUGUACUGGCUGGAGGUGGCGCUGGAACGGCAGCGCCUGGAGAUGGACCGCCAGCUAACCUUGCAGCAGAAAGAACAUGAGCAGAAUGUGCAGCUGCUCCUCCAGCAGGGUCGAGACCACCUUGGUGAGGGCUUAGCAGACAGCAAGAGGCAAUAUGAGGCCCGGAUUCAAGCUCUGGAGAAGGAACUGGGCCGACACAUGUGGAUAAACCAGGAGCUGAAACAGAAGCUCAGUGCAGGAAAUACAGCAGGCCAGAGCCGGGGUGGUGAGAGGAGAAGCCUCUGCCAGGAAAACAGACAAGGGCUUGGAAAUGAAGAUGGGCUCCACCCAGCAGCUCCUGAAGCUCUCUGGCAGUCCUCCCUUUUGGAGGGGGCACCCCGUGCCUGGGAUGAGACUCGGGACUUGGUCCAUGCCCCACUACCCCUGACAUGGAAACGCUCGAGCUUGUGCAGUGAGCAGAGCUCCUCUGAGGAGCUGAGGGCCCGGGAAACAACCGAGCCCUCAGGAGGGCGGGUGCCACCUGUGGGUGAAUUGGGCCUCUCCUGGAACUUUGGACCUUUGCCUAAGCCCCGGUGGGAACCCCGAAGAACCAGCCCGUGGAUGAUCGAUGUCAGGAAAAACCCUUUGUAGGCCUUGGCCAGGCCCUGCCUCUGAUUCCAGUCCUGCUGAGAGGAGAGGCUGCCUGUUUUGCAUCUGUGAAGGACAGCCCUUACCUCACACUGUAAAUCCAGAGUUUCAUCUUUACAUUAAUUGGAGUCAGCAAAUUUGGGACACAGCCCGAAAGAACUGGACACUUUUCCACUGUGAUACUGGGGAUCAACCCUAGGACCUUGUGCAUAAAAUCCUCAGCAGCCUUAAAAAAAAAAAAAAAAAAGGCAAAUUCCUACUGCCCUCUUCCUUUACGCUGUAGUAUCUGACAGCAACCUUUUUUUGUGAGGCAAAUCUGGAGAUCAUCCAAGACUUGUCACAAAAUGAUCAGUGGCAACAGGAUUAAGGCUUCAGUGGUCUUAUGUAGAUGAGGGAACUAGUAAAGUUAUUAACAUUUCUAGAAAAAUGUAAAAUAUCAUUUAAUAAUAAACAGGAAUAAUCUCA